AUGAAGGUGGCUACUAUGCUAGAAAGAGAACAUCUCUGGCACCCACAGCAAAAGAUUAGAGUGCGGAGUAGUCAUAUACUUGCCAGUCCUGCCAUGCGAGAAAUACGCAUAGGAGCGAUACAAUGUCUAGGCACAUUCGGCGGAGCAAGGCACCAUGGAGAGUCUAGCAUAUCUGGCGUCUCUGGGCUUGACCUGGACAGUUACCAGAAGGAUCUAAAAGUAAUAGCUAGUAGUGCUAGAAAGAGACAUAGAGAGGCUGACGGAGUACAACUGUUAGACACAAGAAAGAGAGGGAUGAAAAGAGGAGUUGGGAGAGCCAAGACAGAGAGGGAAGACAAGACAGAGAGGGAAGACAAGACAGAGAGGGAAGACAAGACAGAGAGGGAAGACAAGACAGAGAGGGAAGACAAGACAGAGAAGGAAGACAAGAUGAGGCAGCAGAGGUACUGGAGGUUCAUCGGCAGAGAGAAGUAUGAAGCGGUGCCACUUCAGUAUCUACACAUGCUUGAAGCGCGACACUCCUUGAGCUUGCGGCCGGUGCAAACUGGAAUCUCAUAA